AGGUCGCUGUAAUGGAGGGGAGCGGCGGGCUUUUGCAGCUUCUGCAUCCUGGCACAAGUCUGGCGGCCCCAGAAUCCAGUUUCCAACACUGCGCUCACUCCGGCUCAGUUCUGCUUUCAUCCGUCCAGGUUCAUUCAUGUCUUGCCGGGUGGGAGUCGGAGUGAGGGAGGUCUGUUUUGUAGUUGUGAUUCAGGUUUUAGAGCGUAACUUCCAUGCAUUUGGAAACGAGGGGGCGCAGAAGACCCCCGAAAGUAGAAGGAUUGUCACCUUUAGACCCCUAUGUUCCGAAGAACUCAAGGAAGAGGGAAACCAGAUGGCUCCCUUAAAUCCCAUAUAGUUUUUUCCCCCUCCACCUUAGGUCCACCCUGCUCUCGUCUUGUUCCAUAUAUUGAUCUGUUACUUUACCACCGCAUACAUAAGGUUGGAGAUCGUCCCCAAGUCCGUCUCAUCCUCCCCAAUCCUUAAGCGGCCGCGGGCGGGCAGUUCAGAAGCGGGGACUCGGCUCGCCUGUCCUAUGGCGUAGUGCGGGGGACCUCCGUGGACUCCGAGAGCGAGGUGAGGAUCACCGCUGGAUGGGAAGGGGUGGGCUUAUGAUGCGGGAUUUAGGAACUGUCGUGGGUGUGAAGAGGCGGAGACAAAACCCUAACCGCGCUCCAAACCGGGCUGGGCUUGCUCUACUAGACGGUUGGGUUCUGGGGCUGCGGCCACCUAUCCCGCCAGGCUGCCCGGUGGCUCCGCAGAGCCUGACGCUCAGAGCCGGGAAAGGAUCGCGGAGUGUCCUCAGCCGGGGCUGCUGCCUGCAAGGAGGGGGCGGGGAAGCUGAGAGCCCGGUGCGCCACUUCCCCGUCAGCUUCAGCUUGUGCAGGCCUGUCUUGCUGCUGCCUCGCGGCUUUGCACUGAGGUCCGCCUCUCCCCUCCCUCCCACUUCCCGCGAGCUGCCUCCGCCUUCUUCCUCUGCCUCCACCCUCAACCUCCAACCCCGACUGUCGGGAGCUGGGCUAGGAGCCCUCAGUCGGCCGGAGCUCUGGAUGUGGGCGCCAGCCAAGCCCACGGCGCCUACCUCCAAGAUGGACAGCCGCUACACCAGCACCGCCGGCCUCGGGGAUUUAAACCAGCUGAGCGCGGCCAUCCCGGCCACACGAGUGGAGGUGUCCGUGUCCUGCAGAAAUCUUCUUGACAGAGACACAUUUUCUAAAUCUGAUCCAAUUUGUGUCUUGUAUGUACAAGGAGUUGGAAAUAAAGAAUGGAGAGAGUUUGGAAGGACUGAAGUAAUUGAUAAUACUUUAAAUCCUGAUUUUGUAAGAAAAUUUAUUCUGGACUACUUUUUUGAAGAAAGAGAGAAUCUUCGUUUUGACUUGUAUGAUGUUGAUUCGAAGAGUCCCAACUUGUCAAAACAUGACUUUCUGGGACAAGUGUUUUGUACAUUGGGGGAGAUUGUUGGUUCACAGGGAAGUCGCCUGGAAAAGUCCAUAGUAGGAAUUCCAGGGAAGAAAUGUGGUACAAUCAUCCUCACAGCAGAGGAAUUAAACUGUUGCAGAGAUGCUGUUCUGAUGCAAUUUUGUGCAAACAAAUUGGACAAGAAGGACUUCUUUGGAAAAUCAGAUCCUUUUCUUGUAUUUUAUCGAAGUAAUGAAGAUGGCAGUUUUACAAUUUGUCAUAAAACAGAAGUUGUCAAAAACACUCUGAAUCCUAUUUGGCAAGCAUUCAAGAUCUCAGUCAGAGCUUUAUGUAAUGGCGAUUAUGACAGAACAGUCAAAGUAGAGGUGUAUGACUGGGAUCGAGAUGGAAGUCAUGAUUUCAUUGGAGAAUUUACAACAAGCUAUAGGGAACUUUCUAGAGGGCAAUCACAGUUCAAUAUAUAUGAGGUGAUAAAUCCCAAAAAGAAAGGAAAAAAGAAGAAAUAUACUAAUUCAGGAACAGUCACGUUACUUUCUUUCGUGGUAGAAACAGAAGUUUCAUUCCUUGACUAUAUUAAGGGAGGAACACAAAUCAAUUUCACAGUGGCUAUUGAUUUUACUGCAUCAAAUGGCAACCCUACCCAGCCCACUUCUCUCCACUACAUGAAUCCUUAUCAACUGAAUGCCUAUGGUAUGGCACUGAAAGCAGUGGGAGAAAUCGUUCAAGAUUAUGACAGUGAUAAAAUGUUCCCAGCUUUAGGUUUUGGUGCAAAACUGCCUCCAGAUGGAAGGAUAUCUCAUGAGUUUGCUUUGCUGCCAUGUUGUUGGAACACUAAAGCAGCCCUAUGCAGAGUUCGUGUUGACCUACUGCCAGCAAACCAUAAUGGGAACCCUCAAAACCCCUACUGUGAUGGCAUUGAGGGUGUCAUGGAGGCUUAUUAUAGGAGUCUGAAAUCUGUACAACUGUAUGGGCCAACCAACUUUGCUCCUGUAAUUAAUCAUGUAGCAAGAUAUGCUUCUUCUGUAAAGGAUGGCUCCCAGUAUUUUGUGCUACUGAUUGUGACAGACGGCGUUAUCUCAGAUAUGGCUCAAACUAAGGAGUCCAUAGUUAAUGCUUCAAAACUUCCAAUGUCAAUAAUUAUAGUAGGUGUUGGGCCAGCAGAAUUUGAUGCAAUGGUUGAAUUGGAUGGAGAUGAUGUAAGAGUUUCCUCCAGAGGAAAAUAUGCUGAAAGGGACAUUGUGCAGUUUGUGCCAUUCAGAGAUUAUAUUGACAGAAGCGGAAACCACAUACUCAGCAUGGCUAGAUUAGCUAAAGAUGUCCUAGCGGAGAUCCCAGAGCAGUUUCUCUCCUACAUGAGGACCAGAGGAAUCAAGCCAUCACCUGCACCUCCCCCGUACACCCCACCUACACAUGUGUUACAUACUCAAAUAUGACUGUGCUCCAAAAUGCUAAUGUAACUACACUUCAGUUAGAACUGCUGAGUCCAUGCUUUUCUUCUGGUGCUCUAUAAGGAACCAGGGAAUGAGUACAUUUCUCAGUUUGGUUUCAGCAGUAUUGGUUUGUAUGCUUUCUUGGAUCCAAAAUUUAUUAUCUUCCUAAACCAAAACUGUAAAUACGGUUGUUGCAUGAGCAACAGAAAAAUUGUUUAAAUGCUUGAAGCAAAAUAUGGAUGUAUUCUCUGAAUCUUUAAAUGUUUUCUAGACAGAAACAGCUAAUUUCCAAUGUACUGUUGGGAAAAAGCACAACCUGUGUUUUUAACUCAAAUAUUGUCCUUGACUGCUAUGUAUAUAGGAAAGCAGUCUCUCUAUAUCAAUGUUUACAUGUUACUACUUUUUAGAUUCCAAUACUUUUAUAACUGUUCUUAAGAAUACAAGUUUUGAAUAUUGAAUCCUUUGUCUUCUAAAUUGCAAUAGCUAUAAUCACAAGAGCAAUAUCUCUUUGAAUGACUGUCUGGAGAAAUGCAAUUGCAAGCAAGGGAAGGUAAAGAUACUUUUAUAUUUCUCAGUAAGUGAAUUGUCUUAUGAAGCUGUAUCUGCUUAGUAAUCAGUUCCUCUGUGCCAUUUGCCAAGUAUGGGAGUUUACACUUAGCAGAUGUGUAUUCUGAAAGAACAUGCAUUUUUCAUGAAGUUUGGGUUCUAAAUUUAGACUGCAAUUUGUUUAUGUUUUGUAAUGCUAAGUAGAAAUAAUAAAAAGUCAAACAUCGUGAACUGUAAAUGCACAGAAAAUACUUGGUGUAAAAAGUAGCAUCUUUAUAUUACAAUACUAUGUAGAAAGACUAAAAUCCAGAAUAUUUGACUGUGAACCAUGUAGCAGAUGUUUUAAACUUUCUAUUUCAUUGUACCUUGUCUAGAUAUUUUAAGUCAAAGGGAUACUGGCUCUCUUGAUUUGCAUUCCUUUCCAAGUUGCCACGCAGGGUGCACAGGCUGGAAGUUUUUUGCGAAAUUCCCAGUUAAAUAUACACAACCAUGUGACGUAGUGCACAACACAUUUGUGAAAUAACCCACUCCUAUACACUGACUGAUCUGCCUAUCCACAAUUAAUUGUAAAGAGUUUUUGCAUGUACAGUUUUUAUGAGAAUUGCAGUUUUGUGACAAGAAUGACAGUUGUGUCUAAAUUAAAACAUAUCUUUAGAACAAAUGGCCUUAAAUUCUCACAGAAUUCCUGGAAAUGAUUGUGAAUUACCUUUAAGUAAUAGAAAAGUGAAUUUAUUUUUUUUCUUUUGUGUCAACAAUGUAACUGCUUUAUAAUAUUUUCCUUACUUAUACCCUAUUUACUACUGGUUUAUUUCUACUGUAUGUUGUUCUCUUUGUCCCACGUCGACUAAGGGUGACUUUUAUAAGCAUGAAACUAUUUUACGGAAAACAAAAAUAUAUACAUUCACAUAUCUAACAGAAUCGAUGUUAUAUAAUUAUGUACUCCUAAAUUGUCCAUUUUGGAGUAUACAUUAAAAUCUUUUAAAGAUUAACUAUUUGCUCUGUAAACUUUAUGUAUAAAUGACAUGGAAUCUGAUGAUUUCCUUUACUGGUCUCAAAUAUUUAUGUCAGUAUAGUUUAUUAGCCGACAAUUGUAUUAUUUGCCUUCAUUCAUCAGUUCUAAAGAACAAAAAUAAAUAAGAUCAAUAUUAUUUCCUUUUUGUCAAA